GCAUCAACCAUCACAACAAAAAUCUAGAGAAAAACAAGGAAGUGAACGGUCACGUAACUCUGAACUGUAAUCUCAAUUUUUAGUAUUCAAACGGUCCUUCUAUAAAAUACUUUUAACUUCAGAAUAAUUGUAUUCGACGCAUUAAACUACACACCAAUUCAGGACAAUGAACAACAAAGGUUCUUAUCCCCAGCAAGCUGUGUACCCUCAGCAGAGUAGUGCACCCAUCUACCCACCUGCUAUGCAAGUGUCUCCCCAGGCACCACCUUAUUCAGACGCCCCACCUGCAUAUUCUGAGAUCUAUCAGCCCAGGUAUGUGCACCCAUCUCAGGCUGGCCAGCUACAGCAAAUGUCUCAGUACCCUGGCACUCAGAUGUACAUGCAACUGCCCCAGUCCAUGGCUGUUGGACCAAUGGGCCACAAUGUCCCCAUGGCGUACUACCCCAUGGGAGCCAUGUAUCCCCCUGGCUCCACUGUGCUAGUGGAUGGAGGAUAUGAUGCUGGUGCUCGCUUUGGUCAAAGCAACAGUGCUUCCAUCCCACCCCCACCUCCCGGCCACAUGCCUAAUGCAGCUCAGCUGGCCGCCAUGCAGGGUGCCAACGUCAUGAUGACACAGCGCAAGAACAACUUCUUUGUGGGUGGCUCCAAUGGCGGGUACACCAUCUGGUAACAGCCAGCAUUUUCCGCAACCUCUCCCCUUACUUCUCUCCCUCAUUCAAAAUGAUGACGCCCUCUCCUGUCCCAUCCGCCAACCCCUUUCGGGGAUACUGAUAUCACCUAACGGAAUGUAAUAUUUUAGAGCCCUGAUAAAAGGUACAGUACUCCACUUCGUAAGCAAAAUGGUCCUAAUUACUGGUUCAUAAUUUGGGCUGCUGAACUUGUUCCCUGACCUUACAAGGAUAGUGCUGCUGUCUUAGGUCAAAACACAUUUCACAUGUUAUAUUUUCUUUAAUGCAUGACAUCAAUCUACUCUCUUAGCACUGUCCCCAUUUUGUACUUGAUAACUAAUGUUCAUGUUUAUAAACACUCGUUGGACUUGGCCUAAUGUCUUCCUUACAAAGAGUGCUACUGAUCCAAGUAGAGCAUCAUAUAUACUUUAGUUUUCGCUGUUGCAUGGCAUGUUGAAUAGACCCAGUUGGCCUAAUCAAAUCGGAUCAAAUAGACGCUUGCUGUAGUAUAGUAGAAUACUGGUAUGUUAAACAACAAGAACCCAAACAAGAAUGGAUCACAAAAUGAUUACCAGAUAACAUGCCAUGGUGGUUUACUGUACCUUCUUGGGCAACCGUAGAUGAACAUAAUCGGCGUCCCAAAGAGCACCGUCACUUAAAUAAAAGCAAAUUAACUUAAAAUACGUAGAAUGAAGUUGAGAUUUGGAUCAUCGAAAGAGUUGGUUGGCUUUACAUUUUUGCAGUUAUUGGUUUUAAUUUUUGCCGUUUUAGUUUUUUUCCCUCUAAAUCAGAUACCCAGACUUGUACAUCAUCCCAGUGUUUGGUUUCCUUAAGUAAAAAAAAAAAAUGGCACCCACCUGUUCUUAAACACUUAAAAGCACUGUCAUGUAAACGAGAAUCAUCUAAGAUCAGGGGGUUAUUAAGAGUUAAACACUUUACUUUAAUCCUUCAUUAUAUAUAAGGACUGUGAGGGUUCAAUUACAAUGUAACCGGUUUGUUUACUUUAAAUAUUUAUCACUUUCGGGCACAUCUUAGUGAUUUGUUUGAAUUAUUAGUUAAUGUUAGUAUAACCAAUUAGCUGGUUGUACCAAAGAAAUGGUCUAGACUGCACUAGUAAAUGUUUGGUUGUGACUUAUAAUUAUAGUAAUUGAAAUAUGGCACAUUUUGAAAAGCAAACAUCAGAUUUAAGGAUGCAGUGAUUAUUUUGAUGGUACUUAAGACCUUCGAGCUGGCAUUGCUGUUGUAUUUUUUAAUGGGGUGCUUAAAUGUUUAAUGUAAAUGUGACUAGGUGGUUCUGCAUGCUUUUUUGCACUUUUGCUCUGUACAAUUUUGAUUUUUGUAAAGAUGUUUCAUUGCUAAUUUUUAUAGAAAUACCACAAGCAUUAAUUUAUGUGCACUGCUGGAAAUAGAUUUUGCUACUUGUUUUUAGUACAAAUGCUAAUAACCUGCAAAUACAGUGCUAUGCAUGUUACUCUUUCCUGUCCAACUUUUUUAGAAUUCAUUUAAAUGUACUUUCACUCCAAAAUGGGGGUGUUCCUAAAUGUUUUAGGACUGCAGAAAAUCACUUGCUUAUUGUUCCCAAUUAGUUUAAUAUAGUGUUAAGCCACAUUAUUUCUGAAAACUUUCUUAUAAAUAAAAAAUAUGCAUUGCAUCAGUGGAGCUUACAACUGUUGACACAGUUUAUUUUCCAAUACACUUGUGCUGCUAAUUAAACUACUGUAUAAACUUUAAUAAAUAUCUAACACUA